AUGGUUAUUCUUUUUUGUUGCGAUGGUGUUUCUUUUGGGAAUCCAGGGGCUGCUGGUUUUGGAAUUGUAAUUAGAAAUCACCUUUUCCAAGUACUGGGAACCCUCUCUGGUGGAAUUGGUGUUGCAUCCAACUACAUAGCUGAAGUAUAUGUUGUGAUCUGUGCAGCUGAGCUUACAGUGACUUGGGAUUUGAAGAAUAUAAUCAUUAAAUCAGAUUCUAAAACAGUAAUCACCGAGUUUGCUGAGAAUAAGAUGCCCUGGUUUGUCAGAAUAAGAUGGCAGAAGUCUGUGAAGAAACUCAACUCAAUAACAUUCUAUCACUGUUUCGGGGAAGUUAACUUCUCUACUGAUACAGCUGCAAAAAGAGGUGCCAAACUAGCAGCAGGGCAAAGGCAACUGCACUAUGGAAGACCUAAUUUUCUGACAAGAAUUGAAAUGCCAAACAUUGAAUACUACAGAUUUUGUUAG